CCUAUAUAUCUUAUUAUUUAACAGUAGGGGUCUGUGCUUCGAUCAUUAUUUCAGUUACUGUAGCUGGCUGUAAAUAUGACUUGAUCCCAGGUGUGUACGGCUCUGGUUUAUCACAACGACUCACACUGACAGCUCUGGAAUCAAUACACACGUACAUUUGUUGACAACAAUUAUCGACGGUUUAAUCAAUAUUUUCAAUAAUACUUUGUGAGUUAAAAAGGUAUUUUCAAGGAAGGUGCAUCUCAUGAAAAUGACACAUCUGAAGCGUCUGUAUAUGUUAUAUGACUCCACGUCUGUUGGGGGCAGUAGAGGACAGACGGCUGGGAAACGACGGGAGCAGAAAAGCAGAGCAAAACGAUGCUGUUAGCAAAGCUAACUGUUUUCAGCUAAUGUAUCAGCCGUUCCCUGUGUUAAAAAAAUGAAAUUGUACUGUCUGUCGGGUCAUCCUACGUUGCCCUGCAAUGUCCUCAAGUUCAAGUCCACCACCAUCAUGCUGGACUGUGGACUGGACACCACCUCUGUCCUCAGCUUCCUGCCCUUACCUUUGAUACACAGUCCAAGACUCUCUAAGCUACCCGGUUGGGUCUCCAAGGAUGGAACAAUAAAUUUGGAAAAGGAGCUGAAGGAGUGUGCAGGAAGGGUGUUUGUUGACUCACAGCCAGAGUUCUGUCUCCCUGAGAGAGAACUGCUGGACCUGUCCACCAUUGAUGUCAUCCUCAUCUCCAACUACCACUGCAUGAUGGCCCUGCCUUACAUCACAGAGCAUACGGGCUUCACUGGGACGGUUUACGCCACUGAGCCCACGCUGCAGAUUGGCAGGCUGCUGAUGGAGGAGCUGGUGAACUUCAUGGAGAGAGUUCCCAAAGCCCAGUCUGCCACAUGCUGGAAAAACAAGGAAAUACAGAGGAUGCUUCCUGGGCCGCUGAAGGAUGCAGUGGACGUGUGGACGUGGAAGCGAUGCUACAGCAUGCAGGAGGUUAACUCUGCUCUCAGUAAAGUGCAACUUGUGGGUUAUUCACAGAAAGUGGAGUUGUUUGGAGCUGUACAGGUCUCCCCAUUAAGCUCUGGUUACUCGCUGGGCAGCUCCAACUGGAUCAUCCAGUCUCAUCACGAGAAGGUGUCCUAUGUGUCUGGUUCAUCCCUCCUCACCACACAUCCUCAGCCCAUGGACCAGAGUUCCUUAAAAAAUAGUGACGUCCUCAUUCUGACAGGCCUCACGCAGAUGCCUACCGCCAACCCUGAUGGCAUGCUGGGAGAAUUCUGCAGUAACUUGGCCAUGACGAUCCGAGCAGGAGGCAACGUGCUGGUGCCGUGCUACUCCUCAGGAGUGAUCUACGACCUGCUGGAGUGUUUGUACCAGUUCAUUGAGAGCGCCAACCUGGGGACCACACCCUUCUACUUCAUCUCACCCAUAGCCAACAGCUCGCUGGAGUUCUCUCAGAUCUUUGCUGAGUGGCUUUGUCACAACAAGCAAACAAAGGUUUAUCUUCCAGAGCCUCCUUUCCCACAUGCAGAGCUCAUCCAAACCAACAAGCUGAAGCACUACCCCAGCAUUCACGGAGACUUCAGCAGUGAGUUCCGGCAGCCCUGCGUGGUUUUCACCGGCCACCCCUCUCUGCGCUUUGGAGACGUCGUUCACUUCAUGGAGCUCUGGGGCAAAUCCAACCUCAACACCAUCAUCUUCACUGAGCCAGACUUCUCCUACUUGGAUGCCCUGGCUCCAUACCAGCCAUUAGCUAUGAAGUGCGUUUACUGUCCUAUUGACACACGGCUCAACUUCCACCAAGUAUCAAAGCUGCUCAAGGAAGUCCAGCCUCUCCACGUGGUGUGUCCUGAGCAGUACACCCAGCCUCCUGUGACCCAGUCCCACCGCUCUGACCUGAUGUUGGAGCUGCAGCCUCCUCCCAUGCCCUACAGACGCUGCUCUGUUCUCAACUUGCCAUUCAGACGCCGCUACGAACGCGUCUACAUCCUUCCUGAGCUGGCCAACUCCCUCGUUCCCUCUGAGAUCAAACCGGGCGUCUCUGUGGCGACCUUAUCUGCGGUGCUGCACUCAAAGGACAACAAGCACACGUUACAGUCGGUGCCCAAACCCCCUCCCAUGCCCCCCAGCAAAAAGAGGAAGCGUGUGAUCGAGGAACCCCCCGUGGCAUUGGCCCCUAAACCCAUGCUGAGUGGAGCAGUGGCCCUAGAAGCUUUUCUGGCCACUUUGCAAAAGCACGGGAUCACGGAGGUUAAAGUGGAGGAGACGGCAGACGGGCACAUUCUGCACCUGCAGGCCGAGGACACGCUCAUUCAGCUGGAGGAGGACGGGACGCACAUAGUCUGCGACAGUGAGCCGCUGCGGACCACGCUGAGAGACCUGGUCCUCCGCUUCCUGCAGAAACUCUGACCGGAGGCCUCCUGCUGUCUCACUGUUAGUUUUUUAGCAGUAUUUCCUUUUGUAUUGGGCUGAGGACAGAAGCAGAAGGGGAGGAUGUGGAUGCUGAACUGUCAUAUUUACAGUAGUUUCUCUGUAAGCUGCUGUUUGGUUUUAUUUUAUAAAACUCAGAUAUAUUAUUUUGUAAUAAAAAAUUUUCACUGUAAUCUUAUUAAGGAAACUGAAAUCUUUUAAACUGCAAAAGUGAAACUAGAGAUUUUGUUCAUGAGCCUGUGCUUUGCAGGGGAGGAAGAGAGAAGAAAAUCAGGAGGAAAGAUCAGUGCUUCACUUGUUCUAUACUCACAUUUCCACAAAGGUGUCUAAGAUGUUUCUUCAGGCUUACUCCUGUCUGACAAGUUGUGGUUGUUAAAUUGUAACCAGCACCUCCUGUGAGCUGUGAAGCUCUGUAGCAGCAGCCAGAGCAGGU